CUCUUUCUCCAAUGGCAAACGUCCCCAGCUGUCCCCAGCAGGGCGUGUGUCCCCUACCUCCCCCCCCACCUCUGUCACCAGCCCCUAGUGAAGAGUCUUCUCCGCCCAGCGGACUAGCAGCCAUGCUGGGUCUGAGUCCAUUGAAGGUGACUGAGCCAGUUAAAGCCAUCCCAGCUGCCAACACACAACAUCAAGUAGAUAGAAAAGCAGAACAAGAAGAUAGUACAGGAAACAACAGUAGCAGUGCUUUACCAGUUUCUGGUGCUGCUGCGGAACUGUCCAGAUUAAUAUUGAAGUCUCCAGCUGAGAAGAAUGGAGAGAUUCUAAAGCAGCAGAUAUCUGUAGGGCAUUCAAGGCAGAGUUCUUCUGUGACAACAGGCCCUUCUGUGAGGGCAAAAGAAUCUGGGUACAGUUUGCAGCGCAGACAAGGGAUGGCAAAUGGUGCAGGAACCCUUAAAGAACCUUCACUUAAGCCUGCUGGCAAGAACCUGAGUCCUAGAAGGAUGCUCAAGGCAGCCCGUACUUUGCAGCCAAGCUCUGGACGUAUCAUAGGGAAUGGUUGUAUUGCUGUGAAUCCCGAGUGUUUGAAAGGUAGCAGUCGUCAGGAAUCUUCGUGGAUUCCCGGUGCAAUGAAUGACAAAUCUCUACAGCCAGUGGUAAGACAGCAGGAGGUCAGAAACAGGCGAAGUUUUCCACCAGAUCAGAUAAAAUCCACUGGACAUGAGGGGAUCCCAGGAAGUUCCCGAUCUGUAGAGAGUAGGCUGAAUGCAGCAUAUUCACAGACGUCGACAUUGGGGAAGGAGUGGACACAACUUGUGGAUAAAACAAGACCUGUGAGGCAGAGAUCAUUGUCACCCAUUCCUGUUAACGUUGGUACUGUUGGUGGUAAUGCAAAAAGUCCUCCCAUGCUUGGAAGUAGGGACUUAUCAGCAAGUCCUAGAGUAUCUCCAGGAAGGACCUCAGCAGCCAGUGAUGCCACAAGUAGCCAUGCAGUACAUACUGCCCACAGAACCAGUGCUGGUAUGUCAGGAAGUGAUAUGCAAAGCACAGGGCUGACUCAAACUGCAGUUUUGGGGAAUUCUGCUGGAAGGAAUGACAUCUCUGGUAGCAAGGCUGAUAGCUCAGGUGGUGCAGCAAAGAGUGAUGCAAAAUCUGAAGGAAGUAGUAUAUCUGGUGCUGAUGGAUCCAUCUCUGGAGGAGGUGAUGAAAUGGUGACUCCAUCUGUACAUACAGGCUACACACCAGCGAGGCUGCCCCGGAUCAACCUACAUGGGAACCCACUCAGGGAUAGCCUUUUCCCUUCACUUUCCUCUGGCUCGGGCGACCUCUCUACAACAGAGCCCUCCGCAAGUGAGGGAGAGGAGUCUCCUGUUCGCAGGAGAAACAAGGUUCCCAGUAUCGGGGAGAGGCUGCUGCAGGGGCUGAUGCCUCAGAAAUGGGAAGAGCCCAGCAGAACACAGGCCCAGUUCACCAGCCAUCCCCCCUCUGGGAGUGGGAGACCCUGGUCACUUGCCGGCCAUCAGAUGUCUGCAGUUGGUCAGUACGGGGAUGGUGUGGCAGUGAAGGGGGACAUUCCACCCAAACCCUACACCAUGUUGGAGAAGACACCUUUCCCAGACUUUAUACAACAGUACCUGAUUUCCCAGGACUUCCCUGCACCCAGCAAGGUGCAAGCCUAUUGCUGGCCAGCCAUCAUGAGGGGGCGUGACCUUGUUGCCAUGGCACCAGCAAAGAUGGGCAAAACCUUGGCUUACCUACUACCCUUGAUGACUCAGCUUGCACAGACCGCUGGGAUGGAAGGAUUGCCAGAGGGGAAUGGGCCGAGGUCCAUCAUCCUGUGUCCCUACUGGAACACUGCACGCUAUGUGUAUGACCAGUGCUGGAACUACAUCGCGGAUCGGAAGUCUACCAAGGUGCUGCUCAUCUUUGGAGCUGGGGCUGAGGAUGACCAAAUGAUUCCCCUGAUCAAUGGGUGUGACCUGCUGAUAGCCACGCCCCGCUGUCUGCUGAGGAUGUUAGAGAAGGGGUACACCAACCUGGACAGGCUGUGUCAGCUGGUGGUGGACGAUGCUGACACUCUGACGGAAGUCUACACAGACGAGAUUAAGUCCUUGAUGAGGCUGUAUGGUAAAGUCAUUGCUGACCAGCCUGACCGCAGCGCACCCAGACAGAUCGUACUGAUGGCCAGACAGUGGACAGCAGGGAUCGAGUCCUUCCACAGAGCCUACAUGACUCAGCCUCUCCUGGUCUUCACCAGUAAGGUGGAGGAAGCUGUGUACAGUAAGGUCAAGCAGUUUGUGUUGGUGGUUCCGUCUACUUUGCGGUACACCCAGCUCCUGAGCUUGCUGGACCAGUGUGAGGGGGCAGGACACAAGAUUGUGGUGUUUGUUGGGUCUGAUACAGAAGCUGAAGAUGUCACACAGCUCCUCAAGAGCUAUAGCCACUCUACGCUGUAUGCUCAUACGGACCUCCAUCAGUAUGAGAUAGACAAAGUGAAGAAAGAAUGGUCGACACACCACAGCCGAGGCUCCCAGCCUGUCCUGGUCAUGACAGACACAGUCAUACAGGACCUGCACAUCAGGGACGCCACCUGUGUCAUACACUACAGCUUCGCACUCUCUCCGCUCAAGUUCAGCGCACGGCUGGGAUGUAUGUCUCACAGCUUCAACAAGGAUGCUACCAAGGAGAAGAAGAAAAGCCCAGGCUGUGUUUCGUAUAUCCUGGUGACGGAGACCUGUACCACGUUCCCCGUGGGCCUGCAGGAGAUCGUGACCCUGUUGAGGAGGUCAGGAGGUCAUGUGUUGCAGGAGCUGUUGGACAUGUGCAACAAGGCCUGGCUGGCUAAGCAGGUUGGGAGAGUGGACAACAGUUUCUGCCAUGCUAUGAAGGCAUUUGGCCACUGUGCUGAGCAGGCCAGGUGUAAGGCCAGACAUGUUGUACUACCAGAGGUGGACCAGCCAGGGGAAGGGAUGCCUACUGUAGGAUAUGUGAAGGUCCUGGUGACGCAUGUGGUAGAUGCCAAUUGUUACUAUGGACGUAUUGUUAAACACUGGGACUGGGACAGGAGGGCGGUACCCAGGGAGAACACGUGUCUGCCUCUUAUGGCAGACAUAGGGCUGCACUACAGCAGACAGGAGAAUAAAGUACCAGUCUUGACAGCCCAGGUAGGUGACAUGUGUGCUGUACGGGACAUGCAGAACACGUUCCACAGGGUCCGGGUCACCAAGAUCACAGCUACUGACUUCACCAGCAGGGCCAGGGUCUUCUAUGUAGAUGAGGGGAAGACAGAGGAACUGGAGGUUACAAAACUCCUGGUACUACCAGAACACUUGGCAACAGUACCAGCACAGGCUGUGGAGGUAUUUCUCUGCGGAGUGUGUCCAAUUGAUCAGGACAAGCAGUGGACAGACAAGGCCUCGGCCUUCACCCAUGCACUGGUCAGUAGCAAGGAGCUGGACGGCAGGGUGGCCCUGUGUUUGGGGCACACCUUGUGGAUGGAGUCCUUGGUGGAAAGAAAAGUUUUACCAGGCAUCAAAGCUACAACCAAUAAACACAACAUCAGGAGGGAGCUUGUACAUGUAUGCCUGGCUGAAAACAACCCAGAUCAUGUAUCUCUCCUGAGACAAGCCUGUGAUGGAAAGAUUACCCUCCCUGAGUACAAGCCUCCAUCUAAGGCUCCCCCCGCCAAGUCUGGGCUGAAGUACAGCAGAGCCAACCCUCCCCCUACAGCCACCCUGCCAGGGGGUGGGUUUGAUGAGGUGUAUGUGUCAGCAGUGGAGCAUCCUGGGUUGAUGUAUGUGCAGAGAAAACACUAUGCCAGGAAGCUGGAAGUUCUGACAGCAGAAGUCAACAAUGAGGAGAAGCUUGCAGCUGCACCUGCGCUGCAGCAGGUAGCACCUGGGCGGCUGUGUGUCGCUGUCUUCCCUCAGGACAACAGAUGGUACAGAGCUCGGGUAGAGGAGCUGCAGGGUGACGAGAUGUGUGAGGUGUUUUACCUGGACCAUGGAGAUACAGCUAUCAUCCCCAGGAGCUCCUUAAAGGAACCAUGGAAGGAAGUCAUGCAGCUUCCCUUCCAAGCCAUCGAGGCCUGCCUAGGCUCUGUCCAGCCCCUGCAUGGCCAACAGUGGACAGAGGAGUCCGGUGACGAACUGUGGGACAUGGUGUUUGAGAAAAUGCUAUUUGCUCAGGUCCUGUCUGUUGGGCCCUCUGAAAACGGGAAUGCCAAUCGCUACAAACUCGAGCUGUAUGACACAUCAGCAGAGUAUGAUAUUAUCAUCAGCCAGGAGAUGGUCAUGCAAGGUCAUGGGGUCAUGUCGGGGUCACCAGAGUUUAUCAACCUGCUGUUUCCCAUGGCAAAUGACCCUGCUUGGCUUGAGUCCCACCCUACCCCUGCAGAGCAGAUCAGUCUCCUGUGUGCACAGCUGUGUCAGACUUCUGACCCAGAACACAUGGUGGGCCUGGCUAAGCAGAUCGACAGCGUUGUCAUCAACAACCCUACGAAACAUGAGACCAUGCGAGAGACCAGAGGAGUGAGCUCUGUGUGCCUGAUACUGGGGUACUGUAUGGAGCCUGCCGUGUUGGAAAACCUGGCGGUCAGUCUGGGGCACAUGGUCAUCAACAGUCAGGCCAACUGUGAGGAGGUCAGGACCUCUGGUGGACUCAGGACACUCUGUAGACUGCUGAAGAAGGACUAUACACCAGAAGUUCAGAAGCAGCUGGUAUGGGCCCUGAAACAUCUGGCUCUGAAUGAGAAGAACAAACAGGCCAUAGAGGAGCUGGGUGGGCUGAGAACUCUGUGCCAGCUUCUGGCAGACACUGAGAGCGUGCAGGUCCAGGAGAAUGUGUGUCGUUGUCUGGGCAACCUUGUCACUGAAAAUAAGAAAAACUGCAGUGCAGUUGCAGAGUGCGGAGGCCUGCACACCGUAUGCCAACUGGUCAAGGGCUGUGCCAACAACAUGGUAUUGGAGCAUGCCCUACAUCUGUUAGGGCAGCUUGCCACACUGUCUGCUAACCGUGCAGCCAUCAUAGAGGAAGGAGGUGUGGAGAUGUUGUGUGAGAGGAUACAGAACAGCUGUGGUGACAAGGUUCUGGUGCAGGCUCUCAAGGCACUAAAGGCAGUCAUCUUCAGGAGUGAGGAGAAUGUAGCUGUCAUGGUGGCCAGGAGUGGAGUAAGAGAAGUGAUGGAGAGGUAUGCCUCCAGCCACCCGAGUGCAGAGAUCAGUAGGCACUGUAAUGACCUGCUGUCCAAGUUUGGACUUCCCUCAAAGCCUGUCACUCCUCCUGCAAAACCACCAAUCAAUCAUUUCAAUGGUAACCAAUCAGGAGUUAAUACAAGUAACCUACUCCCCUCCCCUAAGCUGAAUUCCAGCCAGUUGGUUUCUGGCAUGAACAAACCAAACUUCUUUCAUCAUUCCAGUCCUGUCCAAUCAGGAUCAAGCAAGGGCAGGCCAACAGCCUCCAAUCUAAAUUCCAACCAAUCAGCAUCUCUCAUUAAGAAACCCAGUAGGUCUCCUCAGCUCCCGACUAGGCAAACUACCUCUGGUGUUAACAGUCAAAACUUCUCCCAUCCUUCAAAUUCAACCAGUCGUAAUUCAGCCACUCAGUAUCAUGAUAUCAGUACGAGGAAGGCGCAGGUUUUGGCACAUCACUGGGAAAGGCACAGGACAAGGAAACCAAAUCUGGAGCCUGUUCCAGAAGGGAAUGGAGAGGUGCAUCUAGAUGAUGAUAAUGGUGAUGAUGAUGAUGACUAUGAUGAUAUGCCACCAUUGGAGACAACAGAAGACGAAGAAUCCCAGGUAUCUACUAAUGGUGACCACAAAGUUCCAAGCCUUCAUCCAAAAGUGCUGUGGUCCCAGCAGAAAGAAACCGUGAUGCUGAGUGUACAGCUGCGAGGGCUGGUACAAAAACCAAACGUUACCUUCGUGCCUACAGCUUUACACUUCAGGACGUUCUUCAGAGGCACAGACUACAAACUGAACCUGGACCUGUACGACAAGGUGGUGCCUGAUGGAUGCACCUGUCGGCUCACAGGAAGUGAUGUCAUCCUGACCCUGAGGAAGGAGAAGCCAGGACCAUGGCCUCGACUCUCACGAACCAAGGCCAAGUACCCAUGGCUUGGAAUAGACUUUGACAGAUGGGAAGAUGUUCCAUCGGACACUGAGUCAGAGUCGGAUCCACAACAGGCUAAAAAUGUGCCACCACUGGAACAGCACAAACAUAAAGAAAGAGGAGGUCUGCCAUCAACCAUGUGCAACGUGCUCCUGCCAGAAAUGGACAUGUCGUCAGACACCAACAGUCACCUCCACGACUCAGAUCACUUCUCCGACUCGGACGGGGAGGUGGGAGGCUCGGGGUACAAGAUCGACCCACGCUUUAUUGGGCUCUAGAUGAAACACACAGUGUUAGUUUGAAGUCAGUCUUUGACAUUGACAGUUAGGCCAUACUAUAUUGUUUCUUUGGUUGUUGAACAUUGUAGAUAGACAUAGACAUUUAGAAAGAGUACAGCAUAUAAAAGCACAUGACUUUAUCCGUAUCGUAUUAAGCAGUACACUGCCUCAAAGCGUGACAUUCCAGUUUUUUUGUACUGCUGCAAGGACAGGCUGCACUCUCUCAGGGUAAUUGGCCUGAUCCAUUCACACUAGGGUGUACCCCUACCCUCAGCAAUAUGUAUGCUGGCGAAAACAGUCAGGAUUAGGGCGAAAACAGUCAGGAUUAGAAACUGCUUUUUCUUGUUGGCCGGUCCAAAAAAAACUUGACCUGAAAAAAAAUGAGUUGACCAGAUUUUGGAUCGGCAGGAAUUUACGUAGGUUAGCGCUUAUCAGUUCAAGAAAAUAAUAAGAUCAAAGUAGUGUAGAGUUUAUGGUCAUUUCUACCAAGUUUCUACAGUCAAACUUACAGAGUUAACAUGAAGACAGGAUUAUAAAUGCAAGUAGGAGUCAGAUACUCCAUCAAGUUGCUUUGAAAUAAAUUGAGCCAUUGUUUUGAGUAUCGCCCAUUCACAAGUUUUCACAUACAAUGAGGUCCAGGUUCAGGUCCAAACCUGGACCUGAUCCUCUAGACCUGAGACGUACCUGUACCUGAAUUUUCUGUACUGGUACCCACCCCUAGUCAGGAUUCGGACUCUCAACCUCCAUCUUUGGAGGCAGGGUUGCUCCACUCUUGCUUUGA